GGCACUAAUUAGAAUCAGCUUCCCACAAUCGAGAACAAAAGUGCUGUUGAGCAUGAGCUAAGAACGAGGCAACACCGUGCAGCCAAUAGGUAGGGUUGCUGGGUAAGAAGAGGCCACGGACCAUGAGUACUCGGCUCCGUUGUACGGCUCUAGCGUCUCUUUGGCGUAAGAAACUACACCCCAACGAGUUUCUGGCGUCCCACUGGCGUAAGAGACUAUACUCCAGCGACUCUGGGUCGGCUGGAGUAAGAGGAGUGAGACUAUGGCGAGCAGUUGCCUUCACUGCAGUGGUGGGGGGUACUUCGUAUGGAGUUAGUGCAGUGAGGGGAGAGGAGAACAGGAAGCGGUGGAUGAGGCGGUACUGGGCCUACCGCAAGGAGAAGGGUCUGGCAGCUGAGGUGAAGAGGUGGUGGCUGGGUCUGAGUGCAGCCAGCAGAUUCUCUCUCACUAUCGUUGCUCUGAAUGGAGUGGUGUUUGCAAUGUGGAGAGUCCGUCGCCUCUCACAGUUCAUGGACAAGUUCUUCAUUUCUUCAAUCACUCAACGUACUUCUCUCCCUCUCCUCCUCUCCUCAUUCAGCCACAUGGAAUGGUGGCACCUCGGACUCAACAUGAUGGUCCUCUGGAGUUUUGCUCCUGUUCUACUCAACAUUCUGGGAGACAGACUCACCGCACACAAUUCCUGGCCAUUCUACCUCACCAGUGCUGCCUUUGCCUCGGCAGUGGGACUGGCCGUCAGGAAAAUGAGAGGUGUCACUGUUGGCUCUCUGGGAGCUUCAGGGGCUCUGCUCUCGGUCAUAACACUCGUGGUUCUCAACAACCCAGAUGCCAUGUUCUACCUCAUCUUCUUCCCCUUCAUCCCCCUCCCUGCCCCCAUCGUGUUGAUGGGAGUGGUGUCACUAGACGUAUGGGGGCUAGUGAGAGGGUGGCAGAUACUGGAUCAUGCCGGUCACCUGGGAGGAGUCCUCUUUGCCUGUCUGUACCAGUGGGGGUUAGGGGAAGCCAUCAGAACAGGCCAGACCAAAGUGGUUCGAAGAUGGAAACAGAUCAAGAACAAUCGUACCAGUAGAACAUGAAGUCAUAGUCAUUAAUUGUUCUUCCGGCAGUUCACCAUGUUUAUAAUGUCAAAACACUAUAUAUACCGUUACAAGAAGGGAACAUGGCAAUAAUGAUAAAAAUAUGAUGAUGCAAGAGAGGAAGAGAGACACAUUUCGAAAGAGUUGCAAAACAGGAGGAGAUGUGAACAUAAAUAUUGGACAAACAUCAGUGACACAAGAAAAGGUUAAAAAAAUAUGGAGAAUUUUCCUUUUCUCUCGCGUGCUGGUGAAGCUUCGAUCUUAGUUCUUAUGCCUGAGUCAACACUCUCUGAUAAUGCAGUGACUCUGAGGACUUGUUUCUUGUUGAAACUCUUCCUCCUCUUGGCGGCGCUGACGGCUGCGGUGGUGGACGAACAGAGGGCAGCUGCAGCUCUCUUCAUCUUCAGAGACACGCUGAACCCUGAGGCCUUGUCUUGCGCAACUCUCUCUUUCUCUCGACGAAAGGCGUCCAUCCACUUGCUUUUGACCUCUGGAGACUUGGAGAAGAUGAUGUAAUCCUUCCCUUUUGUCUUGUUGUCCAUCUUCCAGGCAUGUCUCACCGGGAGACCAUUGUGGGUCUCUGCAGAGGGGAAGGGUUUGCAGUAUAGUGUAGUGAAAUCUAUGACAAAGGGUGCUCCAAAAAGAGACACCUCUCUAUAAAGGACACUUGGUUCUGUACAAACUGGUAGUGAGAUCUUAUUGAUGUU